GAGCCGCCGGGCGGGCCAGGCCGGGCCGCGGCCACGAAGAGGCAGGGCGCCGCCGCUGCCGCCCCGCGAUUCCCCGGGCAUGGGGCGCCGCGGGCGCCGGGGCUGCCGAAUCCCGCUGCACCGCCCGCGCCCACGGAGCCUGUAGCCGGGGGAGGCGGCCUGAGGCCUGCGUCGAGCCCCGCCGCCGCCGCCGCCGCGCCCCGCCGUCCCGCCGGGCAUGAACUGGGCAAGCGGCCUUCCUCCUCUUCCUCCUCGCUGAGCGCCGCCCUCGCCAUGGCCCAGGCCGAGAAGAUGGAGCUGGACCUGGAGCUGCCCCCGGCCGGGAACGACGGCGGCGGCCUGAGGCGCUCCAACAGCGCGCCGCUCAUCCACGGCCUCAGUGAUAAUUCACAGGUUUUUCAGCCUCAUGUUUUACGAACCCGCAGGAACAGCACAACAGUUAUGAACCGGCAUAGCAUGCUGAUAUCAUCAUCUCCGAUCCGUAUCCCUAGUAGCCGACUCCAUCAAAUCAGAAGGGAGGAAGGAGUGGACCUGAUGAACAGAGAAACAGCCCAUGAAAGGGAAGUGCAAACAGCAAUGCAGAUAAGCCAGUCAUGGGAAGAAAGCUUGAGCCUGAGCGACAACGACUUGGACAAGUCUGAAAAAUCUUCCUCUCCAAAGAGAAUAGACUUCAUUCCUGUUUCUCCAGCUCCUUCGCCCACCAGAGGUAUAGGAAAGCAAUGCUUCUCGCCGUCUCUGCAAAUGUUUGUGAGCAGUAACGGGUUGCCUCCGAGCCCUAUUCCUAGUCCCACAAGGAGAUUUUCAAACAGGAGGAGUCAGAGUCCAAUCAACUGUAUCAGGCCCAGCGUACUUGGUCCCAUUAAAAGGAAAGGUGAAAUGGACACCGAAAGCCAGCCAAAGAGACUUUUCCAAGGAACCACCAAUAUGCUUUCUCCUGAUGUCACCCACCUGACUGACCUCAGCUCAUGUCUGUCUUCGGAUAUCCUGGACGGGAGCACCAGCAGCGUCAGCUCUUCCUCGGACUCCUUGGCCAAAGGUGGCGGCAGCACCACCACCGAAUCGCCCCUCGCAUGCUCCAACUCCUGCUCUUCCUUCCUCUUGAUGGACGACCUUUCGCCCAAGUGACUUUCCCCGGGGGUCGACGUCUUGCCCGCUCUCUGUCCUCUCGCACUCUGCCUCUGCGCUGAGAAAAAUCCACGGGGAAACAAAUCCUCCAGGACCUGAGGAUGUUUUAAAAGUCCCGAGUGGAAAACUCAAAGGCAACUUUUAAUGCUCGGCAACAUCUCCGCGUGGCUUGGAUGGUCUUUUCUCUUUUCAACCGACACGCCAGGCGCUUAAACGAUAAUAGGCCUUUUGGGCUGUCUGGUUUUGCAGCUUUUCGUUGUUUUUUUUAAAAAAAACCCCAACCCCUUAUUUUACCCGUGACCUGUUGAGAUCAUUUACUAUCUUUGCUUUCAAAGAAACCGCAACAACGCUUUUUAGAAAUUUUCCAGACAAGCACCUAAUUUAUAUUAGUGUGAAAAUGGUAGGCGGGGAAGCCCUUUCGCUGUUGCUAUCCUGGUUGUGGGUUCUGGAGGUGAAGGAAGGGAGGGAGAGAAUUGUUAGAAAAAUGUCCUUGUUCAACGUGCUUUUGUUUUUUGUUUUGUUUUUUUGGAAAGAAUAACCUAGAUUGCUCUUGAAAUCCAUUUAGGGGGAAGAAAUGAACUGUUUCUGCUAGACAACGGCACAUUGUGGGCCUCCUCCCCUCUCCCCCUACCCCCCCCCCUCCAUUCACAAUACCCCUAAAGAAUUAUUUUAUAGUUGGAACCUCUUUAUUUCUCAGUCGCAUCAUCUACUUUUUUCUUUUCCAGAGAAGAGGCAGAGGUUGCAAAAUUGCCCUUUGCGGUUCAAAGCAGCGGCUUGCUUGGGAGCCAGAACCCCCCUUUUUGGGGGGCCAAGGCUGGCUCCGUAGCAGACGGAGGAGGAUUUAACUCUCCUGCUGUUUCUGGGGUUGUACAGAGAUGGCUUCCAAGGCUGCAGGGAUGAGCAGUUGCAAAAAUAUUUUUUGGGGGGAGUGGUGGUAGAAAGGGGCAAUUGUUUCGGCUAUCAAGUAGAAUACGUCAAAUAGUCGGUGUCUCCCGCGGCACUGAGCAACGUUUGUGCCUUAGGAGACCUAGUAAAAGAAUGGAAGAAUGUAAGCCAAGGACCCGGGUGGAGGGAAAAGGCUUCGAUGGGGGGCUCGUACCAGGUGCUGCUGCCCUCUUGCUGCUCCUAGGUGGCUCCUGGGGGGCUGGAAGGGGAGAAGAUCCUCCCAGCUCUUCAAGGUCAGGCUUGCCUGGAAGGCAGCAGCCACAAGACAGGCUUAAUGGCCCCAAAGGCUCCCCCGUUGGUUGGGCUCGAAGCUCUGUAAGCCAGAAGGAGGGGUAAACCUGUAGUAGCUUAGCUCAGUUUGGGCUACAGCAAAUGGUUUGUUUACUUCUUGAGAUCCAACCAGGCUUAACCAACAGAAAAGAGAUCUACUUGUAAUCUACUGUGUUAUGCUAUUUAUUAUUUAUAACUGUAAAAAAAAAAGUCUGGUGUUGAAUUAUAGUAUUUUUUUAUGAUUGAAACCCUUUUUUAUGUUUUGUGAUUGCUGGCUAGUCUGUAUUGAAUAGGCAACUUUGUCUGCCAAAAAACCCCUCCAUCAAUGUAUGCUUCCCCUUUUGAAUGUUUGUGAGUAUCCACACGCUCUUUUUUUUUUUUCCAAAAAUCCCAAGUUUGGAGGGAAGGGUGUUUUCUCCCCCCCCCUCCCCCACUUUUGGGUAAGAUAAUAGCACUGAAUUUGACACGGGAUUGUGCUGACCUGCAGGGCCCAGGAAUCUCUGCCCAUGUUUGCCUGUCUUCAGGAGGGGAAACGCCCGUGGAGAAGACUUCGUCCCAAAAAGAGGGUCGUUUCAUCUUCCGUACUUUUUAGCCUUUUGGUUUGGAAAGUGUUUGUUUGGAAUUGUAAUAAGUACUACAUUCGGGCCAGUUGUGCCUCUGUUGUUGUGAUCUCACUAUGGAGAGUUAGUUUCCCCCUUUCCAAUAAAUAUUGUAAGAU